AUGUCGACGCCUGAGCUAGAGCCAGUACCCCAGGGCUCACCUCAGGUCCGCAAUCUGGAAAUCAGAGGCACGUGGGAUGGUGAGGUCAACGGACGCGCAGAACUUAGGAUUUCGCUCGAGGUACAAAGCACCCCAAACACGCAGAUACAAAUAUUAGACACCAGGUCUCCUACUGUCCUUUUGUGCAAGGCCUCAAUACAAUUCCUAUCCGAGAAAUGGGGUCAGAAUAGUCAGCCCAGCGAGGUUGCCCCUCAAAGCCCUCUGUUCGAAUUUUUUGAGCCAAUCUAUCCUGAUGGUGAGGGGGCGUGUAUGAACUUCGAGGGCUUUCCUGAAACCCCCGACCCCAUCAACGACCAUUCCUUGGGUAAAGCUCAUAGCGAAACGAGCUCUACAACUCGCGUACUGCACCCAGAUCAUGAAGUUGACAGCUCCAUAGAGAGUUCUUUAUUGCCUGAUGGUCACUCCCCUGGCUUACGUCCUAACUUUGCAAAGCGCGGUAACCAGACCAGAAUGUUAAAUCUAGGGAAAAGAAGUGCUACAGAUGCUUGCCUGACAGAUGUCGAUUCAAACAUCAUGUAUGCCCGGCCAAACCGAAACUCUCCUUAUAAUGGCGCCAUUCCCAAUCUCGAUACGCCAGACUACCGUCUAGAUGUACUAGAGCAAACAGCACAGCUUGAAAUAGGUGAUACGAUGGACAACAUAAGCCAGCAGCGGUCAUAUUCUCUUCGAGGAAAUCACAGCAAGCCAGUCUUACUGUCGGAGAUAGCUGUAGGAGUGAAACAAGCAUUCGACGCAGGAAUAUGCCUUAUCGGUGCACAUUACAUGCAAAGCCCAGAUGGUUCGCACGAGAAAAAAGCUGGCACAAGUUUGCCACGAGAUGAGGAAAUGUUGCACACCACAUCAGCAACUAAGGACCUUUGCAAAAUCAAGGACGGAGAUAUCGAUGGUCACGAUACGUCGCUUACAAACCUCGUUAAUCUCAACAUUAGUCAGGAAAGGGUGUCUAAUGGCCCACUAAUGUCUCCAACCUCUGGUACUGGGUCGGAGGGAGAACUUGGGACUGACUUGGGCGACUAUCCCUCAACUAGGCCGGCUUCACUGCUGGAUAUAGAGCAAGAAGCAGGCUCAGAUCCUGACACUUGUGAACGAAAUUCCAUUGGUCUUUACGAACACAAUUCUCUCGAUACCCACGAACCCGAACGCCUUGUAUUUCCUGAGAUCGAGCCCGAAAUUAACAUGGUCGAUGAGAUUCUUUUCGUUCAACACCCAGCCAAUGUCCGUGCAGGAGUUUACAAGGUCGUCGUCACCGUCUCGAUCGCUCUGCUCAGGAAGACACCCAGUGACUGGUACGAUCUAGUCAUACCAGGUCUCCCCAAGCUGGAGACGGGGAAAAGUGGGUUCAUUCUCUUCCUGAUUCCUGACAAGUACGGUGUUGAAUUUCGCACCACAUAUCUCCGCAGGUUUAGGAUGGUGGAAGAUUGCUUGUUCGCUGAAUUUGUGGACAAGAGGGAUCUUGUGAUACCAAUGCGAUCUUUUGAUCAGAGGAAUUAUGGUAUUAUCAAGGACUUUGUCGUGGACCAGGAAAUUGAAGCACGUCCUUUCUUGAGCUCUGUCUCAGAGAAUAACAAGCACACACAGCCAGGUUUGUCGGUGAGGUAUCAUGCGAUGUGCUCGCUGAGGUUACAUGAACGUUGCUUUUGGGCUGAGAAGUGCUGCUUCUUUCUCGACUUAGACGGAGGGCCAGAAGGACUUUUCCAAUGCAGACUCCAACCCCCGGAUACAAGCUUGCAGGUGGUCUAUAUCCCCAGCAGUAGUUCAUAUUCUAUCGGUGUCUCCCACCUUCAAAUCAUAUGUUCGCCAAAGGACUUAGGAAUGUUUUGCAUUACUUGGCUAGUCAACAUGCCCUUCCCAGCAAGGAACUGGCUGCCGCGAAUCUAUCCUGGGUCAGCAUCCAAUGCUAAUGAACGAGAUAAGAGUCAACUUCGCGCUACAUUUACUAGACUAUAUGCCAAUGCAUCCACUGGAGAACAAAGCUACCGAUGUAUCCUGUCCGCUCUUGAAAGAGAAGAUGAAACCAACGGAGGAAGUUCGGAAGCUGUGGAUGGUGGUGAUCAGUCUGAAGACCUUGAGCGGACAUUCGGAUUUCAACAUAUGAACCCAGUAAUCAAGGCUAUGUCAAUGCCGUUAAGAGCCGUAUGGACAUCAAUCAAUGACCCUAUGCCCACCUGGAUAGCGUCCUGGGAAGAUUUCGUUGUUCUCAUCCUUGGUGUUACUUUUACAGUUUGUGGUACGCUAGGGUGCCUCCUACUCAGCCAUGCAUGUUCUAGAGUUUUCCAUCGCCCUUGGGAACCAGCUAUUGGGGCAAACGCUGGCUUGUCGAAAGUGGACGGGCAGAUCCCUGGUUGCGGGGAGCCGAGCUCUGAGUAUAACAACUUUACUGAGGAGCUCUUCCAUGAAACCCCAGACAACAUUGACAGCGCCUCGUUAUUCGACAACAAUAAUACCAGUAAUCACAUAUCCUUGGACCAACAGGAAGCUAUUGAUCUCGAGGAAGAUGUCAAAGAAGUUGAAGAACAAGUACAAGAGGAAGAACAGGCAGUUGCCGCAUCCGCACCAGACGUGGAGUCAGGUUGGAAAGGUCCCAUUGAUCGCAUGGCAUGA